AUGUUCAAUUCACGACGUGGAUGCAUUCAAAUGUGUGAAAUUUUCGGGGAAACCAUGGUUUUGAUGAAACGAUUGCGGGUGCCCGCUCCGACUGUCCACCCCAACGCCUGCCCCUGUCUACGACCCCUCAACAACCGCCCCUCUCUCCUUCCGACGACUACCCCUCCCGCUCCGGCUCGCGGCCUGCGCAACCCCAGCCCGCCCGCCCCCCCACCCUCCCCCUCCCCCCGUAGUCUGCCCCCUCGUUCGCUGCCCCAUGCCCACCGACCCCCCCCCCUACCGCCCCCCCCACCCCCGUCAAACCCCCCCGAUCGUAGCAACUCCCCACCUCCCGCCCCCCCCAAACCCCUCCCCUUCCUGCGCCCAGCACACGCCCCGUCCCCUCCAUCAGAUUGCCCCAACCCCAAAACCCCGCCCCCACUCGCUCAACCCCUUCACUCCCACCCCGCCCCGCCUCCCCCCUCCCCCAGCCCGAACCCCUUACCCCCGCCCCCUAUCUCACCCACCCACGCCGAACCCCGACCAGCCCGCUAUGACCCCCUCCCCCCCCCGCCACCCACGUACCGCCAGCCCCUCGAGCAAAGGUCGCGGCUUACCUCCUCGCCAUCACCACCAACCCCCUCCAGGCAUGCUCACCGGGUCCUCCUCGCACAAACCCCCCUACACAGUUGCCGGCGACCCAGCACCCCCCCCGCCUCACACUCGCCACCAUCCCCCCUCCGCGGGCCAUCGCCUAGCGGAGUAGGCCCAUCACCUAGCCAGCGCCCUACCGAUAACCCACCUCCCCUGGGCCCCCCAGGAAGUCCCAGGCCCCCCAAACACCCCGACGGCUAG